AUGCACCAGAUGGGCCCCGCGCUGGACGCGGCGGCGACCGGGCCGGGGACCCUGAACGGCGCCUCCCCCAGGGCGCCGGGGCCCAACGACGCCGGGGCGCACAGCAACCUGUACAUCAAGAACAUCCCGCAGGAGGUAGACGAGCAGACGCUGCAGGCCAUCUUCCAGCCCUUCGGGCCGAUCGAGUGCUGCCGCGUGCAGCGCAACCCGAGGAACACCACGGGCCUCACCUUCGGCUUCGUCAAGUUCCAGUCCGUGGACCAGGCGCUGAGCGCCAUCGCGGGGCUCAACGGCGCCACGGUGGCCAACUCGGUGCUGGAGGUGCGCCUGGCGGACGCCGACCCGGCCGAGAAGGCGGCUACCGGUCACACGCCGAGCGACAACCUGUACGUGCGCAACCUGCCCGCGCACUGGCGCGAUGCCGACCUGAGGGCCCUGUUCGCGGCGCACGGCACCGUGGCCGACUGCCGCAUCCUGCCCAACCAGGAGCACCACCGCGGCCUGCAGGCGCUGGUGCGCAUGGCCUGCGUGGAGGAGGCUGCCCGCGCGAUCGCGGCGCUCAACGGCACGCCGCCGGGCGGGGGCGCGGAGAUCCUGCUGGUGCGCUACGCGGACACGGCGGAGGAAAAGGCGCGGCGCAAGGCCAAGCACGAAAACUCGCAGAACAACCGCUACGCGCCCUACCACGCCAAGAGCCUCAAAAUGGCCCGGGGGCCGGCCCCGCCGACGGCCGUGGCCAACGGCGCCUACCCGGCGGCCGUGCUGCCGGCCGUGCCCCAGGCGGUGGCCCAGGCGCCCUACUGCGCCUACCCGCCCGUGGGGUCCGCCCAAGAUCCCGCGAUCCCCCCGCAGGCGCCUGCAUACCCCGGCUACCCGCCGCCGCCGGCAGGCCACGCCUGCGGAGCCCCCGACCCGACCGCUGCUGCGUACUACGGCGCCGCUUACGCCGCCCCCGCCCCCCAGGCGCCCUCAAGCGUGUACGUGAAGAACCUGCCCCACGACGCGGACAAGCUCUUCCUGUACGAGAAGUUCGCGCCCUUCGGAUCCAUCACCAGCGUGAAGGCCAUGCUGGACGAGGGCGGGCGGUGCAAGGGCGUGGGAUUUGUCAACUUUGCGGACGGCACCGGCGCGCUGGCCGCGGUGCAGGGCCUGCACGGCCAGCAGUGCGGGGAGAAGGCGCUGCACGUGAGCCUGCAGACGCACAGGGGCAGCCGCGGCAGCGGCUGA